UAAUAUUGGUCGAUAAAAAUGUUGAAUUCAACAGUUUUAUAGGAAAUUUUGUGGGAGAAAACAUAAAAAAGAUGUUGAGUAGGUAUGUCGAUAUAAUAUGAAGUAUUUUUACAUAUCACUGAUUUUAUAUCUAGCAUUUGUAGAGACGAAAUCAAAAAAUGAUCAUUCUUUAGUGGAUUUGACCAAAAACAAUGAAAAAGAAGGCAACACAAUUUCUAAAGGCCGUGAUGUGUUGAGGCACGUUAAGCAUAACCAUCAUGAUGCUAAAGAUAGAAAAUUGGCUAAAAGAAAAAUGAAUAUUGUAAAAAAUAUUAGAAAACACGAAGAUAAUUUGAAUAUUGGGCUUGAUCUGGCCCCUUCAAAAUUGACUGAAACCGUCGACAAGAGGAUAGGGAGAGGAUAUUUCCAUAUGGAUCCAGUGUUUAACGCGUUAAAGCGUAGGAGAUCUGAAAAUUUUAGAAGACGAGCAAGCGAAUCCGAAGAGGUAGACGAUGAUAGCUCUGAAAUGGAAAGGUAUUGGAUGGAUGAGUGGGACGAGAAUUGGAUGCAAAAGAAGUUUGAGGCGUUGAACUCCACGCUACCUCGUGGUGACGUCAUUAACAUGGUGGCAGCUCGGCCUUGGGGAGUUCCUUGCGGAGACCCGAACCAACAUGACAUGCCAUGGGGAUCCUGUAUGCUUCCCAUGGAAUGCGACGCAGAAUAUCGUGUUUAUCGAGGUGACUACUUUUGUGGUAGAACUGCAUACGUUUGCUGCGCUCUCCAAGUGACCAACUACGACAUGUACCAAGGUAAUGAUAUAUCUUUCGAAGGCAGCAGCUUUUCUACAGACUCCAAUGAGAAAAAUGCAAAAGCUGGGUCUAAAGAAGAAGCACGUAAAGAACGCGAACGCGAAAGGAGUGAACGAAAAAAAGAGAGAGAAAGACGAAAAAGAAAAAUCAGAAAAAGUAUUCAAAGGAUAGUUGCGGAAAUAAGAAAAAUUUUGAACAGAGCUUACAGAAAUGGUACAACGCAACGAAAAAGGAAGACGAGAGAGUUAAAGAAAUUCAUAGAGAUGAUGAAGAAACAGUAUAGGAAAGAUCGUAAAUCGGUCGUGAACGUUCACGAAUAUGAAAUGGUGAAGAUAGAUGAGAAACUGCAAGCACAGCUCGAUAAAAUCGGAUCAAUGAACGAGGCUUUCAUGAACAACGAUACGUUCAGAGAAAUUGUUGUAAAUGGUACAAUUAAUAAGCAUAAAUUGGCUGCAUUGUUAAGGAGUAAUCCCAAAUAUGCAAAACUUUUUAAGGGUAGGCGUUCGCGUGUUCAGUUACAGCCUGUACGAAUAGAUCCGUUAACGGAGAAGCCAUUUGAUGAAGAGUCAUCAUCAGAUAUAGAAGCGGCAAUCCUAGCGAAGGGACCUCCACAACAUAACUACGAUGUUGAGCUCGGUGUACUUUAUUACUGAAUAUUAUAAAGUCUGCUUCUAAGUUGAUGAUUUCAUUAUAAAUUC